GAAAGAUGUGAUCUUCGAACGUGGUGAGCGGGUCUUCCUUGACGUCGACGCCGACGCCGAGCACUCCCCUGCUCAAGGACGAGCUCGACAUCGUGAUGCCGACGAUCCGCAACCUGGACUUCCUGGAGAUGCGACGCCCCUUCUUCCAGCCCUACCACCUCAUCGUCGUCCAGGACGGCGACCCCAGCAAGACGAUCGGGGUCCCCGACGGCUUCGACUACGAGCUCUACAACCGCACCCUCGGCCCCAAAGCCGCCUGCAUCUCCUUCAACGACGACGACUACUUGCGCUCAUUUCUGCAGUGCGGCACGUCGACCCUUUUCCACACAUGCAUGCAUGGUUUGGGAAGUCGACAGUAACUCUUACGAAAAAGUGAGCCACUCCGACGCCCAUGCUGUGAUCUCCUUCAUAUGGUUAAUUAAGAUGGAUAAAAAUUGAGAG